AAACCCUCUCUCUAUAGACAAAUCACACUUGCAUCAAAUACAAACACUCUGCAAAUAACAAAAAAAAACACACACACAAACAAAAAAUCAAAAAUGGGUCUGAUUAGCAAAGAAGAGAUCAGCAAAACAAGAAGAUACUCAUCUUCUCUAUGGAGAUGCAUCAAGACCAUCUUCGUUCUCUUCACUAUGUUCCUCUCUUUCAUCCUCUUCUCUGCUCCUAUCUUCCUCUCUGUCGCAGACGCCGUCCUACCCUCCAUCAUCCUCUCAUCCUUCUCUUCUCUCCUUCGUCUUUCUCCGGCGACGGUUUCUUCUCAUAUAAGCAACUACGAUUUCAGAUACUCCCUCAUCGAUAUUCCUCUCAUCUCCAUCAUUAGAUCUUCCAUUAUUCUCUGUGUUUACGGGCUCUGUGAUGGACCAAAGCUAUCAAGGGGACCAUAUCUGACCAUAACGAUGAUAUGCUCGAUAUGUUCAUUAAUCUACGUGUCUUUUAAGGCAGCUGUUGUGUUCGGCGAGCCAGUGGUCGGAGACGGGGGAGGAAAGUUUAGAACAGAGGAAGUGGCUCUGUUUGUGUGUUCGUGGGUCUUAGCCAUCGGUCAUAUCGUUGUGGCGUACAGAACGAGUUGUAGAGAGAGAAGAAAGCUCUUAGUCUUCAAGAUCGACAUCGAAUCCGUAAGUUUCUCAACGUUUGAUUAUUCUUUCAUCAUUCAAUUUAAUUUAAUUAAUUUUACCGUUACAGAAACAUUAGUAGUACUAAUUUAGAUAUUUUUUUUAUUUUAAAAAUAUCUGAGAUGCUCUUCUUCUACCACUUAUAAAAACCAGACUCGGUCAGAAAUGGCAUGUGACAUUAGAUAUUAAAUUACACAUAUUUGGGCACUACGGGUUCUUGAAGUUUGUAUGUCGUUUAUAGGUUUGGAAAUGACUAGUCAAUUUAGAAGGUUUGAUUUUUCACUCCCAACCAAAAUACCAAAUUUUAUUUUGAUUAACACCUUUUUAUGGUUUUAAAAUAAUUUACCUAAAAAUAGAUAGUGACCAAUAAGUAGGAUUAACAGGGCCCUCAAAAGAAUAAAUCACAUUUUCCUAAAUGAAAAUGUUUCCGAGUGGGAACCGUGUGAGGUGAAUAAUGAUGGAUUGGAUUGCUUUACUAAUCUACUAGGCCAUGACAAUGUCACUAACACCUAAUUAAGACACGCCUCAUGGUUGUUUUUAAUGAACUGUGACUAAUAAAUAUAGUUUUAAGGUUUUAAUUGUUGGGUUUGUGGUAAUCUAAUGGCAGGUUUCAGCUUGUAAAAAUGCGUUUCCCAGAUACCAGAAGAUCCUUCUACAAGAGAGACUCAAAUAGCUAAUAUUAGAAGACUAUCAACACUUGUACAUAUAUAUACUUACGAUACAGUUAUAUAUAUAUAUAUAUAUAAAUAUACGUAUCAAAUGCGAUUAUGCGACGUCUUCUGGGAUUUGUUUUCUCCUUACAAGUAUCAGGUAACAAAACCCACCUCAUCGUUUUUAUAUACUAGUGUUUCCAUAAAAUACGGACCACCAACUUGCACUAAUAACUUGAUUAUUAAAUACUAAAGUUGCUUUGAUUACUAUCAUUUUCGGAGUCUGUGAGUCAUAUAUAGUGGAUGUAUAACCAAUUUGAGAAUAUGUGUGUUGAUAAUGUUGUUAAUUGUAUGUUUUCGUUACAGAAAGGUCCAAAGGAUAAUCUGUAAAGGAGGCAAGAACAGAUAACGAAUGGGCUUUAAUAUAACACUAUUGCUUUUCCAUGUGACACUAUCUAAGACAGCUCCAAUGAAUUGGCAGUUGUUUACUAUAUUAUAGAUUUAAAAUUAGGUAGACACACACACACACAAAAAGAAUCGUUGUAGGAGGUUUUUUCCCUUACUUUAAUGAAUGAUCCACCGUUACACUCUUGUCUUUUUGUUUUGUUUGUACAAACCUUAUUUUCAUCAAUGAAAUAAGAAGCCGAAGGCAUCUUUCUCCCA